CCGCGCGGGAGUCUUCAGGUCCACGUUCGUCACGUUGCCAUAUCUGGUAAAAAGGUCUUCCACGUCGCGCUCUCGGAUGUCCAUGGGCAAGUUGCCCACAUAUACGCGUGCGGCCAUGAUUGCUUGGGUGCAGUGAACUCAAUUACUUUGAUCUCGUCCCGCGAACCCUGUAUCUAUGGCUGA